AUGAAAGUAACAUUUGGUAAUGAAUAUGUUAAAAAUUUCCUUGGGGAAUUUAUAGGAACAUAUAUUUUAAUGUUUCUUGGAGAAGGUACAACAGCUAAUAAUUUUGCUGUUCCAAUUCAAAACGAUUGGUUAAGAUUAUGUAUUGGAUGGGGGUUAGGAGUAUUUUUUGGAAUUUUAGUAUCAGCAAAAUUAAGUGGUGCCCAUUUAAAUCUAGCUGUUACCAUUGGUUUAUCAACUAUCAAAAAAUUUAACUAUAAACAAAUACCACUAUAUUUCGCAGGACAACUUCUUGGAGCCUUCGCAGCAACUGCCUCUGUAUAUGGAUUAUACUAUGGAUUUGUUUCAAAUGGCAGUAUCCCUAGUUUUGUAUGGGAAACUGGAAAAAAUGCAAAUGUUAAUUUAGGAAGUGCUUUUAUGCAUGAAUUGAUAUUAACAGGCAUAUUACUUCUUGUAAUAUUAUCUGUUACAGAUGAAAAUGUGUGUGGAAAAUUUAAUGUUUUAAAAGUUUGUUCAGCUGUUGGAUUAGCUAUAAUAUGUAUUGGUAUAAGUUUUGGUGGUAACACUGGAUUUGCUUUAAAUCCUUCAAGAGAUUUAGGUGCAAGAUUUCUUUCUGCUAUAGCAUAUGGAUUUGAAGCCUUUACUCGAGACAACUGCUAUUUUUGGGUCCCAUUAGUAGCACCAAUUAUUGGUAGUGUAAUUUUCUGCCAAUUAUAUGAUAAAGUAAUUUCACCACUAAUUCUAAUAACAGAACAUGAUAAUGGUGCUUUAGAAAUAUAA